GCUGCAACAAUUGAAUGUGUGGUGUGUAGUCAAAAGAUCCAGGGAGGAAUAUCGAGUUAUUGUCGUGGACUGGAAACAGGACCCUAUUCUUUUUAUUUCAAUAACCCCCGUGUCCUCCACGUGGCGAGAUUUGUUCACGCAGGGCGAAGUUUCCGUUUCCCGUCAACUUCUAUUUGCGUGGACGUGUUGGUCUGCCUGAUAAAUAUUGGUACCGAGACGUGCAGUUGAGGUGCUUUCAGAAUCAAGUCAGGUCUGCCAUGCCUUAGGAAUGAUGGACAUAAGACACACUGAUUCACAAAUUGUGGAGGAUCAAGACACAUGGAAUGAGCUGGUUAUAAUGGGCCAAGAGGACCAACCACACUUGGCCGAGCAGGAUGCACAGGACCAUAAGGCUUUGGUGCCGACUGGGACUGAACGUCGCCAUCUGCUGGUCUCCUUUGCCGUGGAGGAGUUUGAGGUUCCCCCCAGUGUUUGUAUAGAGGAGAUGUCCCUCUUCCCCGAGUGGCACCUACCUCUCAAAUUGACUGGCGUGUUAAUGGCGCUGACUUUCCUCUACACUUUUAUGAGGGACGUACUGCAGCCUUUUGUGUCCCAGGGAAGGAGUGACUUCUAUAAGGUCCCUAUACUGGUGGUGAAUAAGACUCUACCAUGGACGGCCAUAUCUCUGCUGGCUCUGGUCUAUCUACCUGGUGUACUGGCUGGCCUGCUGCAGCUGCAGAGAGGUACCAAGUACAGGCCUUUCCCUGUUUGGUUGGAAAGGUGGAUGUCUAUGAGGAAACAACUGGGCCUGCUGGCCUUUUUCCUAGCAGUACUACAUUCCAUCUACAGCCUCUGUUACCCUAUGAGACGCUCCUACAGAUACAAGCUGCUCAACUGGGCUUUCCAACAGGUCCAGCGGAACCAGGAGGACUCGUGGAUAGCAGAUGACGUGUGGCGUAUGGAGGUCUAUGUUUCCCUGGGUAUAACUGGCCUGGGUCUACUUGCGUUAUUAGCCAUCACCUCUCUACCAUCUGUCACUGACACCUUGAACUGGAGGGAGUUCGUCUGGAUGCAGAGGAGUCUGGGAUACGUUGCCCUGGUGGUGUGUACGGCCCAUGCUCUGGUCUAUGGCUGGAGGAAGUGGGUGGAGCCUAAGCACUUUGUGUGGUACACCCCUCCGUCCUUCAUCCUUGCCUCGCUCCUCCCAGCCACCGUCCUAUUGAUCAAGGCCGUGCUGCUGCUGCCCUGCCUCAACCGGAGACUGGAGCAGAUUCAUCGGGGCUGGGUGAGGCCCUGUCCCUUAAAGGAAAGGCAAGUGUUGGGAAAGGACUCUCUGACAGAUGGUGCCCCAAAAACCCUUUGAAAUGCUGGCUGUAGGGCACAGCAGUCCGGUUUCACAGUCAUGUCAGUCAUGAGAUAAGACCAGAAGUAUUGGUCUCGGGACCUCAAAGAGAUUGAGUGCUACUUAGGCAGCAUACAUUGUCCACUACACACGUCCUCUGUUCUGGAUGUUCUACAGAUGGCUGUUUCACUUCCUGUUUAUAUGGUUGACAGACUCUGUAGUCUGUUCAUAGUGAAUUUACUGAACUGAUGUACUGAACUGAGAAAGCUAAGUUGGUUGCUCAAUGUGAAACCAAGCUCAAUUGUGUCAUAUAUUUGCACCCACCCUCUCAUGAUAACAUGCAACAGUACUAUAAGUAAUUAUAACUUGGGACAUAAAAAAAAUACAAAAAACAUUUUAUUAAAGGGGUAUCCCCUUAAUCCGAGUUUGUCCUUCAGGCACAUAGUAAUUUUUUUAAACAAUCCAUUAUUCAGCUCUGUCUCAGUUCAGUCAGUAAUUAGCGGUUUUUGCAUUGUACAUAUUCAUGAAUGGAAACCGUAUGUACCCCUAUGGCAAAGCUGCAUUGCAAAAAAGUACUAAAACACUCUAAGCUAAGACAAGUGUUCAUCUCAAAGAACAUGACAAUGUUGUAUUCCUCGAAAAGUUAAAUUUUCACAAUAUAAAUUUCCAGUUCAAAUAAACGGGUACUUCCUCUG